AUGACCGACGACUCCCGAUCCCUCCGCAGGCGCACGUUCACGGUGCUUCUGAUGACGCCUCCCGGCCGACGCGUCUCUGAGUCGCUGACGUCCGCGGCGACCGCGACGUGGGACUUCGGCGACGUCUUGAAAGGUCACGCGGAGCCGUACGAAAGAAACGAAAGAAACGGCGGCGGCGGCGGCGGCGGCGCGUCGUGCCCGUCCCCGAACGCGCCGCGCGCGGUCGCGCGCGAGACCGCGCGCCGGUCGAUGACCUUCAGCGACGGCGACCACUUCGCGGAAGACGACGCGGCGAGCGGCGAGCGCGACACACCUCGAGGAGAUCGACGCGCGUCGUCGUCGUUUCCGGAGAGGCCGCGGUCGCUGUCGGACGCGAAGGCGCGUUCUAUACACUGGUUCCCAUACGACCGCGUCGGCGUGGUGAACGCCGAUCCUUAA